AUGGCGACUGGAAUUUUCAGCCAACGAGCUGGGCUAUGGGCCCUGAUUGUGCUCGCAAUUAGUAUUUUGUACAGAGCCUACGUGCACAACAUCAUUUUUGUCACAAUCGGAAUCGGCCGAGAGAUCCAAUCGAUUGAUGAAUUCCCAUGGACCUGCACUCGCCUCCAGCAUCCUCUCUUAGAAGGAUGUGAGGAUAUGUGGCUAGACGACCAAGGGCGAAAGCUGUAUGCAGCAUGCAACUCGGUAGAAUCCAGACAGGGAUGGUGUCCGGGUGGCGGCAAAUACAACAUCUCCGCGAGAUCCCGCACGGAUCAUAUCGCAGUGUUGAAUAUUGACGAGCCUGGCCCGGACGGGCUUUACGGCCUCCACCAGCUCAAAGUUGGUGGUUAUGACGACGACCUGGAUCUUAUUGCAUUCGAUUCGAUUCUACAACGGGGGGAGUUCCUUGAUGCCUACGCCGUUGGAGCGAACUCCACGAUUGAGAUAUUUGAUUUGGAUGAGGCCUCGGAGACACUGGAUUAUGUCAAGACUGUAGCCAGCGACGCGAUCAUCUCGCCUAACAACUUGGCUGUUGACAAUGAUGGUCUGGGCUUCGUGAUCACCAAUGACCACAACGCCAAGGUCGGCACUUUUAUAGAAUUGGAAUUUUUGAUUGGCGGCGGAAGCCUCACCUAUUGUCGAUCUGACACAGGAGAGUGCCAUGUCGCUGCCAAGAAGGGAUUUUCCUUUGCCAACGGAAUCGCCCAAGAGAACGGGCUUUACUAUGUGGCUCAUUCAGUGACUGGACUCGUGACUGUGCACAAAUUAGUGGGCGAACAGUUGGUUCAAGUUGACAAAAUCCACACGGGAUUACCACUGGAUAACCUGUCUCUCGAUGCAGAGGGGAACCUCCUGGCUGCCGCAAUUCCGGAUUCCAUUACAUUUGUGAAGUCUAUAGAGAACCCACGUGAGCUUGUUGCUCCUGCUACCGUUCUCGCGGUCAAUGGAAUAUCCACUCAGCUGGGAACUCAUGGUGGGAAGGGAUGUGAGGUCUCGAAGCUUGUGGAGGACAGAGAUGCCAAAUGGCUUCCUAGUUCGACUGUUGCGGUGAAAGAUGUGAAGUCGCACCGCUUGUUCCUUGGGGGUGUCGUCUCGCCAUUUAUAACCAUAUGUGAGCAGAGUAUUUAG